GUAGUGGUGGGCGGCUUUCCCAAUUUCUCAAUCAGUUAAAAUUAGAUAAAACUUACUCGGUUUUUGACAUUGUCAUUUUCAACAUAUUCUCUAAAAGUGAGGAGAUUUUAUUUGCUGGUAGCCUUAGUUCUACAAUUACGUCCCCCCUGUCAAUGUCAUUCAAGUGCCAAUUAGAUCCUUGUCUUUCUAUUCUCUUUGGUCAAAUAAAAUUAAACCAAAACAAAAACCAAACGCAAGUUGCAAAAUAAAACAAAAUCGAAUUGCAAUUUAUUUGUUACAUAUUCAUCAAAUCAUUUAAUAUUCGGCGUCAGGGAAAAGAAAAUCUUAUGAUUUGGGUGUAAAGAUUUAUUCGGAUGAAGUUUUUGUGAUACUACAAAAAUGGCCGAUGAUAUUGUAUUUGAUUUGUUACAUUCUGAAAUUAUUAAUUACGCUCUAGAACAAACAAAAACAACAAACGACAGUAAGGAGGUGGACCUGUCUGUCGUCGAAUACAUUGGUUUUGCAGCUGGCUACAAAAUUAUGGAAAGACUAACCAGAGAAUGGCCCAGAUUCAAAGAUGAACUGGACACUAUGAAGUUUAUAUGCACGGAUUUCUGGACAUGUAUUUAUAAGAAACAAAUUGAUAACCUAAGGACUAAUCAUCAAGGUGUUUAUGUGCUGCAAGACAAUGCAUUCAGAUUCUUGACAAACUUUUCUAAUGGACAUCAAUAUUUGGAAUAUGCACCAAGGUAUGUGGCCUACACAUGCGGGUUGAUCAGAGGUGGCCUGGCAAAUCUAUGCAUCAAUAGUAUUGUGACAGCCGAAGUUCAGUCAAUGCCUUCCUGUAAAUUCCAUAUACAUGUCCAAAGAUCGUAAAUAAAAAAAUUGUAUUAAACUUGGAAGUUAAUUUAUUUAAUUAACUGAAAUAUUGUAUUGAAUAAUCAUAAAUAAUAUAUU